UUGAGAAUAAUAGGUAUCUUCAUCAUGAUAGCGGUUCAGGCGAAAUUGCAAAUUUUAUUUGUUUUCGCUGUGUCUGCCACCAAAACAGACUAUUUGCUCUCUGAUGAAUUUAUUGAUUUGAUAAAUUCUAAACAGAAUUCCUGGAAAGCUGGAAGAAAUUUCAAUCUAAAUACACCAUUUACAUAUAUCGAGAAUCUUAUGGGUGCUAUGGAAGACGAUAACUUUGCAAAGUUACCGAGAAGGCUGCAUAUCGCUGAACUGACAGCUAGUCUACCGGUAUCGUUUGAUCCGAGAGAGAAGUGGCCUGAAUGCCCAUCUUUAAAUGAAAUAAGAGACCAAGGCGCAUGUAGUAGUUGCUGGGCGGUAGCUGCUGUAGAAGUGAUGACUGACCGAUAUUGUAUUGCUUCUCAAGGAAAAAAAAACUUCAAAUUCUCCGCUCAUGACGUAUUGAGUUGUUGCCCGGAUUGUGGUAAAGGUUGCCAAGGUGGAAUACCAUCGAAAGCAUGGGAAUACUGGAGGGAUUACGGUAUCGUGUCAGGGGGGAACUAUAACUCGAACGAAGGUUGUAGACCUUACGAGAUACCACCGUGUGAACAUAAUGUACCUGGUCGCCUGCCGCCUUGUGGCCCUAAAGUAACCACUCCAGAAUGCAUUAAAGCUUGUGUCUCAAGUUACAACAAUGGCACAUAUCCCUCCGAUAAGCAUCAUGGGUUGCAUGUAUACACUUUGCUUCCCAAUGAGGAUCAAAUUAAGGCUGAACUCUUUAUGUUCGGACCCGUAGAAUCGACUAUAGUUACGUACGCAGAUUUUAUUCAUUACAAGCAAGGAGUGUACGUACACACGGAAGGACCAAGGUCUGGCGUUCACUCUGUGAAGAUAUUAGGCUGGGGUGUUGAGGGAGAUCAAAAGUACUGGCUUGUUGCAAAUUCAUGGAACUCAGAAUGGGGUGAUAAUGGAUACUUCAAGAUAUUGCGAGGAGUAAAUCACUGCGACAUAGAAAGCAACGUCGUAGCUGGAGAAACUUUCCUUCUUUGAUUGUUUUCAAAAAUAAAUAAAAUAUAACAGA